AAGUUACUCCGAUUAAAAAAUUGACAAUUUCUCACAAAGUAAAUUGGCAGUCAUGAUGGCGGUGUUGGAGACAACAAACGUCUCCUUGCGAAUCUUUUUCGGUGUACUUCUCGCCGGCACAAGUCUUGCUUCUGGGGAAGGAUCAAGAGAAUGGAGCAGUUGGAAUGGGUGCAGCCAGACGUGCGGAUACGGUGUUGAUUAUCGACACCGUCCGUGCCACCGGGGCGAUCAUGCGGAGUGUGACGUUUCAGAACUGGGACAGCUGAGAAGAUGUAAAAUCCGAGAAUGUCCAAUAGACGGAGGUUGGAGUUCUUGGGGGAAGUGGCGAAGUUGUAGCAAGACCUGUGGCCUGGAUGGAAUCCGGAUCAGGUACCGGGGCUGUUCUAAUCCGAUGCCUCAGUUUGGCGGUUUGCCGUGUCAGGGAGAGAGACGAGAAGUGAUGCCGUGUUCUUCAAUCCAGCCAUGCCCAAUCGACGGAGAAUGGAGUGCCUGGGCGGACUGGAGUGCAUGUCGGGCAAAGGUUUGCAGGAAACUGGGCAACCGUGUUAGGAGGAGAUCAUGCAGUAAUCCAGAACCCCAGCACGGUGGGAGAAGUUGUGAUGGCUCAGGCUUUCAGACCGAGAAGUGCAAGAAGGCCGGUUGUCCAGUUCACGGAGGAUGGAGCCAAUGGACAGAUUCAUCUGAGUGUUCUUCUCCAUGCGGCUACAGCACCAGGAACCAGACCAGGAGUUGCACCAAUCCGAUCCCUACCAAUGGGGGAAAAGAAUGCACGGGAGAGUCAUCAAAACAAAUCCGAUGCUGGGGCCUUCCCGAUUGUGAAGGGGAAAGCCUGGAUUCUUCUUGGGAAUCUGACAGUGUCGGUCAGCACCCGACAACUCCAGAGGUAGUGGAACCAGGAGAGAGUCUGUGGUCCUCUGUCAGCUCAGUCUUGUCCGAGGGUCCCACUGAGUCAGAGAUACCAUCAAGCUGGGACAGCGCUCUUUUUGAUGAAAAUGCUGGAGAGUCGCCGCAAGGUGGUAGCCCCACUCCAGAUCCGGGCAACUUUGGCACAUUAUCAAUAUCAUGGAACAGCAUCGGCGAUUCUGUGAGGUCUUUUGAUGAAUCUCCUACCGCGGAAGAGUCGCCAGGUGGCAGUCCCCCUACGACUCCGGUCAACACGGACAACGGGGGGUUGGAGUGCGUCUACACAAGCGAUUCAUCUGCAUCAUCUUAUAUUUGCAUUUAACGUGUUUUUUUUUUUGUUUUUUUAGUUUUUAGUUAAAGGGGAAUCCAACCCAAAUAAAAACUUGUUUUUAUAAGAAAAAAAAAAAUCAGACAAGUUGAUAGGUGAAAGUUUGAACAAUAUUGGACAAACAACAAGAAAGUUAUGAAUUUUUAAAAGUUGUAAAUAUUGGUAAUCACUAUACCCAUGGAGACUUCAAAUUGGCCGCAUAUGGGAUGUCAUAGUGAUGUAAGGCAAGGACUACUCUUCCAUGUACUCCAAUACAUAUUAUGGCUAAAAUGUAA